AUGAAUUGCGUGUUUAUGUACAAAAAAAUUGUAAAUAACUACCUUUGCAGGCAAAUAACUCUGAAAACUUUGGAAGCAGUUGUUGAUGCUUCUAAAGAAAACAGUUCAUCCUUAUGUGUCGUUCUACCUGGGCUAACAUCGACUCUGGCUAGCACACUUUGUGAAUCAGCCAAUGAACAUCUAGAUAUCAUCACUGCUUCUUUGAAGAUGAUAUCUAAAGCUGUCAGAUAUUGUUUGGGGGAUUCGGUGAAGGAUGGUGAUGAUGUGGAGAAAUGUGAAGGGAUAAGACCUGAGAUACUAGAAUUGCUAAUAAAAAGAGAUGAGGAGUGGAAGACUAGCUCAGCUACAAAUAUAACCAAAAUGAUUCGUACUCUAUGCUCAAAUCUGGCUGCACAUGCAGACGAGCAAGUUCGACUAACUCUUCUUGAAAUGAUUGAAUCUAUCCGAAUCGAGUGCAAGAAGGCGUUUAAGGAAGCACUCGAUGGUUUUUUAAUGGAUCUUCUGUUAACAGUACGGUCAACGAAUUUGCGUGUGAGCGAAACUGCCAACAGGCUGCGAUCUGAAAAUGCAUCUGCCUUCUCUCUUCAUAUGCAUGAGAAAUUGCGAGAGCUGGCAGAGAGAAUACCACUACAUGUCAGGAAAGGAACGACAGGCAGCGAUCUAAUGUUUCAUCAGCUGGCUGGAGUCCUUUCAUGUCUCGAUGUAGAUGUCUCUAGACUUGCUACCAGCCGCGCUCCAUCUUUGCUAGCCAUCUUUUCCGCUCUGGCGGCAUCGCUCCGAGUUGAUGCUCGACGCCUCCUAAUUAGCCGCGGACAGACUCACGAAUCUUCUGUAGAUUUCCUGAAGUCCCUACCUUUAUGUUUUGAUGUGCAAAUUACUUGGAUAGUUCCCAUUUGCAAAUUGCUAGCAAAGUACGGAGGGAUUGAGGCUGUUGACACAGCCGUGUCAGAGUUGACGGAAAAUUCUAAGAGCGAUCGUGCGUCUUUGGCCAUUCUCAUUGCUUUGAUUCUUACUGAAUUAGAAUCGCCAAAUGAUUCACAUGUGCUUUAUUCGUUGGCAGAGAUGUGCACCGAAUGGCUCAAGGAGUUAAGACCAGAAGAGCAUACCAGAGAUGAUGUCUUAGAACAUAAAAUACCAGUGCCUAGCGAGGAAACUAUUCAGACAAUAACUUUGGUGUCGUUGCUUGCUGUCACUUUCACCACAAUCAAAGAAGAAGACAAACGAUUAAAGGGGAAGGAAGAGGGAGAGAAGGUGAUAGUAUUCGUCAUUUUAGACUACAAAAGACGAGAGCAAUGCGUUACUUAUGUCUAUAACAAUAAUAUGCUCAAUGUAGAAACCUAUCUGCAACCUCGGGGCAUGCAGUAA